AUGUUCACGCCAAGUUUCGAGUCUCUAGUCCUAGUUGUUUAUACAAUCAUCCAGUUCCUAACUCCAGGUGCGGAAAGUGUCGGCGGCCUCUCUGGAAAUGAUUCAAUUUUCCGGGCAUCUAUUGCAUGCCUCGAUGCUCCAUCAGGCCUUCUAUUUAUAUGGGCAGUUUCCGAUUUCAUUCUACACCUAGAUCCGAAUUCGCGAUUUCGUUUAGCACGAUUUGGUUUACUUCAUAUGCGUGAUUCUCAUGAUCGAGGAACUCGGCUCCGAAUUUCUACUCGACUAUCACCACUGCAAUUUUUUUCCACCAGUACAAGAAUCGCAAAACUCUAUGUUGUGAAUGAAAACGAUGAAAGCCACGAUCCAGGUCCGAGCAAUGUCCGCCCAGUUAACAAUAAAGAAAUCACAUUUUACUUGAGUCUAAACUCUUUUAUCGUACCGUAUUUGUGGCAAGACCGUACAAAGGUCCUGGAAACCCGUCGAUUCAGACUUUCUAGAAGGUUAAUUCUUGAAGCCGGUGCUUUGUCUUUAACCAGGCUCUGCCACUUCUUCACCAUAUGUAUCAGCUUGCUCGCCACUCGAAUACUGCUCAUUAUCUUUUUAUUUCCCCCGAGCUGGUCGAGAGUUGUGAUAAUUCUGUCUGAACUCAGCCGGUCCAGCAUGGCCAUCACCCAGGAGAUCAGCGUCUUUACGUACUCAUGUUACGCAAAGGGUAUACACGCUUGGUUUGGCCCGCAUGAUGUGCAAUUCCGUGAGAGACGGAAAAAGUUACCUCCUGAUUUCCAAGCCAACUUUGAAGAUAAAUUCUAUGAAUUUCUUGGGAUCAACUACCCAGCAAAACUCGCGUUCAUAAUGGCUAAGCGGCUAUGGACAUAUCAAUACCGAAUUUGGGUGUUCCUAGCUUUGCCAGAGGGACUCAAUCCUGGUGAGAAAAUAUUCUCACUUCUGAGCAUACCAGCCGAAGAAGAAUUCGACAAAAGAGCGGAGGCCAGGUCGAUUUUACUCAAGGUAUUCGAAGAGAGGCAGAAUGGCGACAGUCAUCUUUAUGAUGUUCAAUUUGACAACGUACCGCGUCAGCUCUACAAUGAAGCUAUGUCGUCGGGCCUUCAAGCAUUGCCAAUUCUUCGCUAUGGCCUUGGAUCACUCCUCCUAGUUGGGCUUCUGAUAGGCUUACUGGCUCCAGUUAUAUUAGCUUUGCCCGAUACACCCUCACAUGCUGGUAUAUACUGGGCUGUCGAGCAAGGUCUUGUGACAUUGUUGAAAUAUUAUGACUUCAGUACCUGUCGGGUUAAUACAGCGUUCGGCGAGCCUCCAGCACAAGUACCAGACUCUGAGGCAUGA